GCCACGAGUACCACGCACCACACGCACCACACGCACCGCCGCCAAGAACCUUCGAAAAGCCUUUCUCCCCCGAGGCCGCGUGGGUGCAUGGACGAGACGACGGCGAGGACGAUGAAUGGCGACGCUGAACAACACCCCGACUGAAGCCUGCGCCAGGCAUAUCGACACCAAUACUCCCCGUCACCACCGCAAUCAUGACGACGGCCUAUAGCGAGACCUUGAGUGCCAUCUUCCAAGACCUCAAAUCACGCAGCGAAAAGAUCAGACAAGCUGCUGCGGCGCGUCUCAUCGAACAGGUCACUGCCGCUUUCCGCGAGCUGCAGCCGACCGUGUGGAAUGCCUACUACAAUGAGGUCAACGUGAAGAUGGUGGGCUUCAUCCUCAGCGGCCAGGAUACUCAUGAGCGCAUCGGUGGCUUGUAUGCCCUCAACGCUUUGAUUGACUUCAAGGGCGACGAUGCUGCGUCCAAGGUCACCAAAUUCAGCAACUACAUCAAGAGGACGCUGGAGGGCAACGACACCAGCGCCAUGAUCGUUGCUGCCAAAUGUUUGGGACGACUGGCGAUACCGGGUGGAGCUUUGACUGCUGAGCUGGUCGAGGCAGAGGUCAAGCAUGCAUUGGAAUGGCUGACUUCCGAACGCAACGAGAAUCGCCGCUUUGCUGCAGUAUUGAUCAUGAGAGAGCUGGCGAAGAAUAGCUCGACGUUGUUGUACAUGUACGUUCCCGGAAUUCUCACGAGCAUCUGGGAAGGCUUGAGGGACCAGAAGGUCGUGAUAAGAGAGACGGCUGCAGAGGUGGUCUCCCAGUGCUUCAAGAUCCUGAACGCCCGCGACUUGCAAAUGCGGACGUCUUGCAUGACACGCAUGUAUGAGGAAGCUCAGCUUGGUCUGCGCCGCGGCACUGUCGAAAAUGUGCAUGGCUCGUUGCUUGUCUUCAAGGAACUGCUCGUGCAAGGCGGCAUGUACAUGCAAGGUGCCAAGUACAAAUACGUAUGUGACACUAUUUUGUUGCAGCAGUACCGUGAACACAAGGAUCCGACUGUUCGACGAACGGUGGUGGAGAUCAUACCGCUUCUUGCGGCUUAUGCGCCUAAGGAGUUCUGCCUUCACUACCUCGCACGCUCGAUGCAGCACCUUCAGAAUCUGCUCAAGGACGCUAGACAGCGGAAUCUCGCUUUCGCUGCCAUUGGCAAGAUUGCUCAUGCGGUGGGCUCACAGAUUGCACCCUAUCUGGAUACUAUCCUAUUGCACAUCCGUGACGCACUGUCAGUGAAGAACCGCACCAGACACUCCGACGAGGCGCCCAUAUUUGAGUGCAUCAGCAUGAUCAGCAUCGCUGUGGGCCAGACACUCAGCAAAUACAUGGAAGCUCUGCUCGACCCAAUUUUUGCAUGCGGUCUUUCAGAUGCUCUGACUCAAGCUCUAGUCGAUAUGGCCCACUAUAUUCCACCUGUGAAACAAACGAUACAGGAGAAGCUGCUGGACUUGCUCAGUAGGACUCUCUGCGGCCAGCCCUUCCAGACGCUCGGCCAUCCGACACAAGGCAAAGGCUUACCACCUAUCUACACCAAGGACUAUCGCGACCAGCGGGAUCCACAACACCAAGAGCACAAGGAUCAGGAAAUUGCGUUGGCGCUCCAUACAUUGGGGAGCUUCGAUUUCAGCGGUCAUGUGCUCAAUGAGUUUGUCAGGGACGUCGCCAUCCGCUACGUUGAAGAUGACGAUCCCGCCAUUCGCAAAGCUGCAGCACUCACAUGCUGUCAACUCUUCGUCAAAGAUCCCAUUGUGCAUCAGACUAGUCAUCAUGCAAUCCAAGUGGUCUCCGAUGUCAUAGAAAAGCUUUUAACGGUCGGUGUGGCCGAUCCCGUCGCAGAUAUUCGAAGAACCGUGCUCAUCUCCCUGGACGCUCGGUUUGAUCGGCAUCUAGCAAAGGCGGAAAAUGUCCGUACUCUGUUCAUUUGCCUAAACGACGAGAAGUUCGCCAUUCGCGAGGCAGCGAUGACCAUCAUCGGCAGAUUGACCAGUGUCAACCCAGCCUAUGUCUUCCCAUCAUUACGCAAGGUUCUCAUCCAAUUACUCACCGAGAUCGAAUACUCGAACAGCGCGAAUAACAAGCGGGAAUCUGCGCAGCUCAUCAGCCACCUUGUAGGCGCGAGCAACAAGCUAAUCAAGCCUUACGUUGACCCGAUGGUGCAUGUACUGUUACCCAAAGCCGAAGACGCCAACCCCGAAGUCGCUGCGACCACUUUACGUGCUCUCGGUGACCUGGCCAGUGUUGGCGGCGAAGAGAUGAAGAAGUACAUUCCGGAGCUCAUGAAGAUUAUCAUCCGAAGCCUCCAAGAUCUUGCUUCGCCAAAGAAGCGUGAGGCUGCUCUGUGUACACUCGGCCAGCUUGCCAGUAACAGCGGUUAUGUCAUCCAGCCCUACACCGACCAUCCCGACUUGCUCACUAUAUUGGUCAACAUCGUCAAGAGUGAACCGCCUGGCGAUCUUCGGCGCGAGACUAUUCGACUCAUGGGUAUUCUCGGAGCGUUGGACCCCUACAAGCAUCAGCAAGUCAUGGAAGAAUCGCCAGAGUCGAACCUGAAGGCAGACUAUCAAGGCAUCUCAGAUGUUACAUUGAUCAUGAACGGUUGCACUCCCAGCAACGAGGAUUAUUACCCCACCGUCGUCAUUCAUACCUUGAUGGAUAUGCUAAAGGAAGACACCUUGAAGCAAUACCACUCUGCUGUUGUGGAAGCUGUUAUGAACAUCUACGCCACAAUGGGCAUGAAGUGCGUACCGUUUCUUGGUGUCGUUGUUCCAGGAAUCGUAGGCAUCCUCAAAGAUGCUGCAACAGAGAAUCGCCUCGAGGGCUACUUCAGUCAACUUGGUAUACUGGUCAGGAUUGUCAAACAGCACAUUCGGCCCCACUUGCCUGUCAUACUGGCGGCAAUCAGUGACUACUGGCACCGAAACACCCAGCUGCAGGCCACCAUUCUCAGCCUGGUUGAAAGCAUUGCUAGAAGCCUAGAAGGUGAAUUCAAGGUCUAUCUGGCCAACGUCCUUCCCCUCAUGCUCGGCGUCCUCGAUGCAGAUGGUCGCUCUGAGGCUGGACGCGCAGCUAUGCAGCGAGUACUGCAUGCAUUCCUGGUGUUUGGUUCCAGUGCGGAGGAGUAUAUGCAUUUGAUCAUCCCGGUCAUUGUCCGCAUGUUCGAUUCUGCCGAUGGACGCUACAAGGACCGUGCUGUGCGCAAGGCUGCGAUUGAGACCAUUGGACGCCUGAGUAAACAGGUCAACAUCUCUGAAUUUGCCGCAAAAAUAGUGCAUCCUCUUGCACGAGUACUUACGGGCAACGACCAACUUCUCAAACCUGUAGCUAUGGAGACAUUAUGUGCAAUCAUCUUCCAGCUAGGACAGGAUUUCCUGCACUUCGUGCCAACGAUUGACAAGAUUAUGGCACAACAUCGAAUCAGCAACACUGCAUAUACCCUAAUCAUCACCAAGCUGAAGAAGCACGAAGCCCUCCCACAGGACUUGAGUCCUGACGAGAGGUACAACGAUGAGGAUGUCGACCAAUAUCCCGCAGAGAUCUCCUCAAAGAAACUUGCAGUGAACCAGCAGCAUCUGAAAAACGCCUGGGAGGCUAGCCAGAAGUCCACCAAAGAAGACUGGAUCGAAUGGAUGCGCAGGUUCUCCGUUGAGCUACUGCGUGAAAGUCCACAGCAAGCGCUGAGAGCCUGCACUAACCUUGCCGGUAUCUAUCCAUCGCUUGCUCGCACACUAUUCAACUCCGCAUUCGUGAGCUGCUGGACGGAGUUAUACGACCAGUACCAGGAAGAACUCGUUCGCGCGAUCGAGUCAGCCCUGACAAGCUCCAACAUCCCACCGGAGAUUCUGCAAAUUCUUCUCAACCUGGCCGAGUUCAUGGAGCAUGACGACAAAGCGCUGCCGAUUGAUGUUCGCACCCUGGGGAUGUACGCUGGCAAAUGCCACGCUUUCGCCAAGGCACUACAUUACAAAGAGCUUGAGUUUAAUGCCGAGCAAAACUCCAGUGCAGUUGAGGCGCUCAUCUCCAUCAACAACCAGCUACAGCAGACAGACGCCGCGUUUGGAAUCCUCAAAAAGGCCCAAGGUUACAAUGACGUUGAUCUCAAGGAGACCUGGUACGAAAAACUACAACGCUGGGACGAAGCUCUAAUGGCGUAUCAAGAGCGCGAAGAGAAGGAGUUGCAGACGCGAGACAUGGCUUCAUUCGAAGUGGUCAUGGGAAAGAUGAGGUGUCUUCACGCUCUCGGCGAGUGGGACACACUCUCGCAGAUCGCUUAUGACCGCUGGCACAGCGCCAACGGCGACGAUAAGCGACGGAUAGCACCAUUGGCUGCUGCCGCUGCUUGGGGUAUGGGCCAGUGGGAGAUCAUGGACGAGUACCUAGGCGCGAUGAAGGUUAGUACCCCUGAUCGUAGUUUCUUUGGCGCCAUCCUGUCUAUUCACCGCAAUCACUUCGAGGAGGCACAUAUCCAUAUCACCAAGGCUCGGGAUGGGCUGGACACGGAAUUGUCAGCGCUGCUCGCCGAAAGCUACACACGAGCCUAUGAUGUGAUUGUCCGCGUGCAGAUGCUGGCUGAGCUGGAAGAGAUUAUCCUCUACAAACAAAGCUCGCAUGACACCGAAAAGCAAGAGCGCAUGCGUUUGACCUGGACGAAGCGAUUGCGAGGCAAUCAGCGUCAGGUUGAAGUGUGGCAGCGGAUGCUAAAAGUCCGAGCGCUUGUCAUCUCGCCACAGGAAAACCAGGAGAUGUACAUCAAGUUCGCAUCGAUCUGCCGCAAGGCACAGCGUCCCGGUCUUGCCGAGAAAAGUCUGAAUAGUCUUCUGAACUUUUCGAGCAGUCAACAUCUCAGUACGCUUGCGGACGGCGAAAAUGCCGAAAGCUGGAGCGUUGUACAGCAAGCGCCAUACCCUGUGCAGUAUGCAACCUUCAAGUAUUUGUGGAGUAACGAUCAACACGACGCGGCACUGCAUGCUCUUCGCGGCUUCACUCAGACCCUGAAGGAUGAUUACGAGGGCAGAAUGGCCGCUGCGGCGCCACAUCUUGCUGUGCACCACCCAGGGAUACUUAACGGUGUCAAUGGUGUCAACGGAGUGAAUGGCAUACACAGCACGGGACCAUUUGGUGCUGCGAAUGCUCACCCGAUUUCGCACAAGGAGAAAGCUGAAUUGGAUGAGUGGCGACUUCUUCUUGCGCGCUGUUACCUCAAACAGGGCGACUGGCAAGUGAAAUUGCACAAUGGCGACUGGCAAUCUGAACACGUAGCCGAUGUACUGUCGUCCUACCACGCUGCAACGAGGUACCACGAAUCGUGGUACAAAGCAUGGCAUGCCUGGGCAUUGGCCAAUUUCGAGGUUGUCACAUCUUUGACAUCUGGCGACCGUGAGGCCACCGACGUGCCCUCGUACAUUGUCACUGAGCAUGUGGUACCUGCCAUCAAGGGCUUCUUCAAGAGCAUUGCGCUGUCUUCCACAAGUUCAUUGCAGGAUACUCUUAGACUGCUGACCCUAUGGUUCGCCCAUGGCAAUCACCAGGAAGUAACGCAUGCUGUUACUCAAGGAAUAUCCCUCGUCAGCAUCGAUACAUGGCUUGAAGUGAUCCCUCAAUUGAUCGCUCGUAUCAAUCAGCCAAACCGGCUAGUCAAGGAGGGCAUACACAACUUACUUGUCGACAUUGGUCGAGCUCACCCGCAAGCGCUUGUGUACCCACUUACGGUCAGCAUGAAGAGCGAUGCGGUAGGGCGAUCUCGUUCUGCCAAGAGAAUCAUGGACGCUAUGCAACAACAUUCCCCAACACUGGUGGAACAAGCGGGUCUAGUCAGCCACGAGCUCAUCCGAAUCGCGGUGUUGUGGCAUGAGCAAUGGCACGAAGGUCUCGAGGAAGCAAGUCGGCUGUAUUUUGGCGACCACAACAUCCAAGGGAUGCUUGCCACACUAGACCCGCUGCAUGAAAUGUUGCGCAAGGGCCCCGAGACUUUACGCGAAAUAUCGUUUAUCCAGUCGUUCGGUCGGGAUCUCAACGAAGCUCGUGACUGGUGUGAUGCUUACAAGUCAACGAAAGAGAUAGGAGACUUGAACCAGGCUUGGGAUCUCUACUAUGGCGUGUUCAAGAGGAUUGCGAGACAGCUGCCCCAGCUUAUGAGCCUGGAACUGCAGUACGUCUCGCCGGAAUUGAAGGCGGCACACGAUCUGGACUUGGCAGUGCCCGGGACAUAUGCAGUCGGCAAGCCUGUGGUCCGCAUUCAGAGCUUUGAGCCCGUGGCGACUGUGAUUAGCAGUAAACAGCGUCCACGAAAGCUGAGCAUCAAGGGAAGCGAUGGUGUCAAGUACGAUUUCAUCAUCAAGGGUCACGAGGACAUUCGACAAGAUGAGAGAGUGAUGCAGCUCUUUGGGCUGGUCAAUACUCUACUGCAAACGGACACGGAGUGUCUGAAGAGACAUCUCAAUAUUCAACGAUACUCGGCGACUCCCCUCUCGACACAGACUGGUAUUAUGGGGUGGGUACCAAACUCGGAUACGCUGCAUGUACUCAUCCGCGAGUAUCGCGAGUCACGAAAGAUCCUCCUCAACAUCGAGCAUCGGAUCAUGUUACAAAUGGCACCGGACUACGACAAUUUGACACUGAUGCAAAAGGUAGAAGUCUUUGGGUACGCCUUGGAUAACACUACGGGCCAGGAUUUAUACCGCGUACUCUGGCUGAAGAGUAAGUCUUCAGAAGCCUGGCUGGAUCGUCGUACCAACUACACCCGCUCUCUCGCUGUCAUGUCAAUGGUCGGCUACAUUCUCGGUCUCGGCGAUCGCCACCCGAGUAAUUUGAUGCUCGAUCGCAUCACUGGCAAGAUUGUCCACAUUGAUUUCGGAGAUUGCUUCGAGGUGGCCAUGCAUCGAGAAAAAUAUCCCGAGAGAGUGCCAUUCCGUCUGACCCGAAUGUUGACCUUCGCCAUGGAAGUCAGUAACAUUGAAGGUUCAUACCGCACGACAUGUGAGCAUGUGAUGCGGUUACUUCGCAGCAACAAAGAAUCCCUCAUGGCAGUUCUCGAAGCUUUCAUCCACGAUCCUUUACUCACAUGGAGAUUGGGAACACAGAACUCGCCACCGGAACCAACAUCUACUCUGAUUGGCAGCGAAAGGAGACCGGGCGCCCUCCACAACGAAAAUGGCGCGCCUCAGCUCCCACACGGCGGUGCAGCAGAACGCAACUAUCGCAGAGCUUCAAUCAUGGGUGGCGAUCCUAAUGCCCCCGGCGGUGUCAGCUCAUUCCGACCCAAUCGACAGAGGCAAGGAUCUAUUGGGCAAGGAUUCGGCGCGCAGGAUCCGAUGGAGAAGGAAGUGCAGAACGCGCGGGCGUUGCAGGUUCUCGCUCGGGUGAAGGAGAAGUUGACGGGGCGGGACUUCAAAAAGGAACAGGAAUUAUCGAUUGAGGAACAGGUCGAUCGGUUGUUGGAGGAGGCGACGAACUUGGAGAACUUAUGCCAGCAUUACAUAGGGUGGUGUUCGUUCUGGUAGAAGGGGGCCUAGCUCGGGACGUAAAUGGUAGGAGAACAAGGGACAACGGCAAUUAGUGUAGUUUGGCUUUUUUUUUCUGCUUCUUCCAGCGUCGGCGUUGGUGUGCCCGCAUGAGAUGGAUGGAGCAUGGCGGCUGUCUCAAUGGUAUGAGAUGGAAAGGCUGUAUGAUGAAAUUAAUUGAUGAGACGGUCGUUCCAGCGCAGCAUAUGGAGG